ACAACGAUUACUGUAGUUUAUUUGUGUCACAUGAUCAAACGAAAAGAGACAAAAUGUCGUCUGAAAAGUUUGAGUCAUUAGAGGAUGAUUUAAAUUUGUUAAUAGAUAAUCUUAAAUCAUGCGAACGCAACUUGUCAAAUUCAAGUGGAGAAGAGAGAAAGAGCCUGUUACGAAAAGUUGAAAAGAAACUCGAAGAAGCCAAUUUAACUCUUCAUGAAUUGGAAAGUGAAGCUAAACUUGCGCCUGUGAACUACAGGACUCAGAUGCUUGGUAAAAUUAGGCAUUACAGGAAUGAUAUAGAACAUUAUUCAAGAAUCAUGAAACGAGGCUAUAAUGCAGGAGCUGGUGGGGUUGACAAUUCAGGCUUUGAUAGAGAAGAGAGACUUGAAAGCUCGAAUCGAGCUAAGCUGUUACAGGGGCACCAGUCUCUUCAGAGAGCCACUGAAAGUAUUGCAAGGUCACAUCAGAUAGCUGCAGAAACAGAUCAGAUAGGUGUAGAGAUUAUAGAUGAACUGGGUCAGCAGAGAGAGACUCUAGUGAAGACUAGAGAUAGGUUGACAGAAACAGAUGCCAAUCUUGUUAAAAGUCGACAAAUUUUAAAAGGAAUGUUAAGGAGAAUGAUGACAGACAAGAUGAUCCUUGGUGUGUUUAUACUUAUUGAGUUAGCAUGUCUAGGAGGUGUUAUUUAUUGGAAGUUUUUCAGCUGAUGCAUCUGUUCCCUCAUGGGUGGCCUCUUUGUUGUACAAACUAACUGGAUCAAUCUAUUUAUUUGCCUAAUAUUUGUAUAAGAAUGUCUUGUCAUUGCCAUUUGAUGCAUAUAGCAUUAGGACUUUGUGCUUUAUUGUACGCUGACUCAUCAUUAAAGCUUCUGUUGGUAUGAGGUUGCUUGUAAUAGACUGACAGACCCCAGAAAGUUAAGAUGAUAGAAAACAUAAAGAUAAAAUGCCUGGGAAAGUGUGUAGCUGGUGGGCUCAAUUCAGAGAUUUUUAUGUUUAAAACUGUCCCCCAACAUCAAGCAUGGUUGCAAUGUACUUCAUCCUUUUCUGAAGAAAGUGUGGGCAAGGAAGAAAUAUUUCUAGAGUGAUUGAAAUGUUUCUUACUAAACAAAAUGCUUUAGGUUGGGUCAGGUUACAGAUUGCAAUAAGAAAAUAAUUGGGAAAAUGUCAUAAAGUCAAGUUUUUGCCUAAGUGUUUUAUGCACAAACUUUUCAACAUUCUAGGGAAUGAUAACAAAUACAAAUGAAAGUGUUUAGAGAGUUUGAGUGAGUAAAUAUAUUUUACAAGUGAUUGUUGUUUGACCAGAUAAAAAGCUUUCUUCUUCGUUCUCAUUUUUAUGUUGGAGCGUUCAGAUGACUAGACCGAUACAUGAGAUGAGCUGCACAGUGGUUUCCAAAUCAGGGAGCUCUCCAUAUAGUUUUCUUUCUAUUGGGGUGUUUUGGGACCAGUGUCUUGUAUGGACCUCAUGGUAAAGAGCACAGUUUUGAAGGUCAGCAUUCUCUGGUGACACUCCACAUGGGCAGAUUUCACUGGUUCCAAUUGGUUGUCGCAUUUUGUUGUGUCCUGUCCUGAGUCAAAAGAUUAGACGUUGAUCUUGUCGGGAUAGCUUAUAAUAAGCAUCAUCUUUAAAAAGCUUUCAAACUGUGCAUUUGUCAUUUAGAUUCACAAUGACCCUUACAGCAGUAUCUAUGUCUUUAUUUUCAGUUCUUAUUUUGGUGUACAUGGCACAGUCUAACUGUAGAUAUGAUCAUUGUUAUUAAUUCCUUACCUUCAAUCAGAGAAAGCAUUUAAAUUAAAAUGAAUCCUUAUCACAAUUUCUAGCUUGCUUUCAAAAGCAAAAGAUGUACAUACUCUUUGUCCAUUAUUGUUAGAAAAAAACAGUCAACAGAAUUAUAUAAUAAAAUGUGUUGUGUGAAUUUUUAUAAUGAAUCACCUUUUUGCUCUUGUUUCAGUUUGAAAAUGUAAGCCUCAUGUAGCAGCAGUGCCUUCAAAUGUAUCUUUUCUUUCUUUAUUCUUUUUUUUAUUAGGCUGUUUUUACAUUUUCUAUAUAAUAUUUUUAGCAUUAUCAAAUAAAAUGCUAUGUAAUUGUUGGCUAUAAAUAUAUAUAUAUAUAUAUUGUGAAUAUUUUAUACAAGUUUUCAUAAAGGCUGGUACUUGAAUGCUAAUCUUUGAAUUAAAAAUAUCUUAACAACUUAGACCUAAUAGGUUUUUUUUUUUUUUGUUAGUGAAAGACCUCACUUGCCUUGUUGAACAUAGUGAUUCACUCAAUUAAUAAGCUCAGCCGCUGCUCACACCUUUCACUACUGUCAGAAUUUAAAACUGUUUCAUUUUGAAAGUAUCCUAAAAGAGAAAGUUUUGGAUAGGAAAUCACAGAAUAGCUGCUCAAAUAAUGUGUAAAAUAAUUUUUAUAUUUGAAAUUAACUUUCCCAGUUUUUCUUUUAAAAAAGAAAGUAGAUUUCUUUUUUUGACCAAAGUAAUAGGUCACUAAAUUCAGUACCUGUGUUAGGAGCUUUGUGUAGACUCUUUGGUUGUCAGUUCUUAUCAUUACAAAGUCUGUAGAACUGGUAUUGGCUGUGGGAAAGAUGUUUCACCAUUGGCUAGAAAUAAUUGUAAAUACUUAUGUUGUCUGGCAGAACAGAAUACAACAGCAAGAUUUUUAGGCACAUUAGAGAGUACAUGAUUAGUUUCAUAAUUGUUUUUUAAAUUAGAUCUAGUUUUCAUUCAUACUGAGACCCAAAUUUUCCUGAGCACUAAUGUUUCUUGGUAUCAAAUUUCUUAAGUAAACAAGAUUACCUUUUUUUCUUUAGCUAUAUCAAUUUAGAAAGUAAACAAAUGAUUGAGACUCAGAUGAUCAUUAGGUUGACCCUGCAGAAAACUAUGAUGUUGACUUACACUGCACUGUGUGUGAUAUGUGAAUGUAAACAUUUGAACAUCUAAUUUCCUGUAUAGAUAGAUGUCCGAUAAUGAAUGAAAUUGAAUUUGUCUAAUAUUGAGGAAGUUGUAUAAUGUUGAGGUCAAUUAACACCUGGAAAGGAAUGUCUUCAUUCUGGAGUUUCCUUUGUCAACAUUCCGAACAUAUUUCAAACUAAAUUGUUUUAUGCAUUGAAUGUGUACAGAAUGAUUUUAUGUUAUUUGUUAUUGAAAUAAUAAUAAUAAAAAUCUACCAACUUUCAA